CGCACUCAUGAACUGAAACCCUACAUUAUAUUUAUUAAGCCAUCGAGUGUGAGUUGUAUGAGGCAGUCUCGGAAAAAUGCCCGGAUUAUCACAGACUAUUAUGUGAACAUGAAGUUUAAGGAAGAAGAUCUGCAGGAAAUGGAAGAGUUGGCUAAAAAAAUGGAGACUCAGUUUGGGCAGUUCUUUGACCACGUGAUUGUGAAUGACAACCUAGAGGAGGCCUGCAUGCAGCUGCUGUCUGCCAUCCGCCGAGCACAAGAUGAACCUCAGUGGGUUCCUGCAACAUGGAUAUGCUCAGACACUCAGCCAUAAUUCUUAAGACUAGCCAUCUGCAGAAAGAUGAUCGUUUCUCUUUCCUUAUAGCAGUAAUCGUAACGCUAGGGUUGCAAGAGAAAAUGUAUCUUUGCGGGGAAUUUGGAGAGGAAAAGGCAAA